UUGUUCCGUCUCUUUCUACAGACAGUGACAGCAUUCUCGCCGGGCCGCUUGCUCGUGUGUAUUUCUCUGCCGCUAACUGAUAAUGGUCGCUUAUUCAACAGAUCCGCACAUUUUCAGUAUUCGUGUUUGUUCAUGACCGGGCGUCUCAUACUGGACUUCUGUUUCGCGUUCAGUACUCCUCUGUCUGUGUCUUGAAUCAAUUUCGCGGUUUCGAGGUCAAGUUUUGAUACGAUUCCUUAUCAUCAAUCGUGCGCCGUCUACGUGCAGGUGUGAUCUUGAUCUUCAGUUAGAGUCGUGAAUGCUGAAUGCACCGGCUCUGCCAGUGAUCAGACUGAUUUCGAACCUAAAUUCGUUGAUUGGAUAUUCAGUGUCGACACAGCCAGCUGGCAUUGAUAUUGGAGUGAAGAGGAGUUCGAAGAUUUCAUUCUCCUAAGUACAUCGUAUGCUCAUAUGAUGUCGGUGUUAGAUAGACUUCGUCUGCAGUAUCUACCGCAGCUGGAAUUCUGCUGUUGCGGAUGUUCGCUCAGAGCAGGAUCUCUGGUCAUCGGUUGGACAGUAUUGGUAGCGCACGCUCUGCUCACAUCAAUCCUAGCGAACGUGGCCGUGCAAGUGUUGGCCGGGACGCAUAUACCACCAGUCCUGGACGAUGGAAGUCCGGUGAUAUCAGAUCUGGAACUCUUUGGAACUAUUGUAAUGAGCUUAGCCUGUCUGAUAACAGCGUUUGUUCUCAUCGUCGGAGUACAUAAGAGUCAACCAAAAUAUUUCGUGCCAUUCAUGUUGCUCCUAUCUAUCACAGCUAUUUUCGAAUUAAUCGUGUUCGGACUUGGUUUUGCUUUUGUCUUAUUUGACAUCGUAUCAGGAGUGCCUCCAAGACUGAACUUCUCAGAGAAAAUAUUUUCAUUUUUUGAUGGAUUCCUUAAUAUAUACUUCGUUCUGGUCAUUCAUAGUUACUACAAUAUUUUAAGGCAGAGCUCCAGUUACCUGAGAGAAAAUGUUUAAUCUUUUGAAAUGGCAACCAGUCUAAUGGUCUCAUUCUCAUAUGUACCUAGGUUUAACUCAUUAAAAUUACUUUUUUUGAAGAUUUUUCUACUUAAGUAUUUAAGUAAGUAUGUACUUAAUAUGAUUGAAUCAGUGUGAUGUUCUUUAAAUUCUUGAUGUGUGGUAUCAAAAGGUUUGGCACAACAUCUCUCGCCAGAUCUGAAUCUCUUAUGAUGCUCAAUGAUUAUCUUCAUAAAAUUGAUUCUUGGCCAUGUUUUCAUUGCAAUUUUUGCACACCUAAAUUUUGAGGUAUCUUGAUUCUUUAUAUUCCAAACAAACAACAGUCAAUGAGCUUCUUAAUGGUGAAACUGCAGAAGCGCGUAUCAGGGUUUGCGGUGUUGCAGUUUAAUGCAACAAAAGUUGCAGUAAACAACUGAAAAUCAUUUCAACUCAUCAUUAUUAUAUUUUGUGGGAGUUGAUUAUAUAAAUUUUUCAUCUACAAUUCAUCAAAGGCUCAUAUUUGUGUGUAGCAACAUUGCAAUGGAAACGCCAUGCCGAGGAAAAACGCUGUAUGAACGUUCAAAUGUUGCCAAAUUUCUUCUCAAGAAAUUUGCAUUUGAUCGUAGGAGAUUCAGCAAAGCUUAAAUGCUCAUACGGUGCUUUUCCUUCUGAGCAUGGCAGUAAUCCUAUCAAGAAUUUUUCCUUCUUGCCUCAAGUAAUAAUGUCUUCAGCAACUCAAAAUUAGUCGAGGUUUUACUUUAAUUCAUGAACGUUGUUUUCCAAAACAUCAAGUUUUGGUGUGUAUUGUUUGAAAUACCACUUGCAUUGAUGUUAUCGCAAAAUUUGUAAGUCUCUCUGAGCCUUUUGUUGAUCGAAGCAACUGCACACAGUUUAUUAGAUGCUUUUUUCAGCAGGCAUUUGCAGAUCAAAAUCCACUGAUUCAAUUUUAAUGUUCAUACUUUGAAUAUGUUUCUAUCAUUUGCCAUCAGUGCUGUGUUUCCAUUGUCACUGCAACAUUUUCGUUGCUCCAAAAAAGGUAAACAAAAAAAACGCAUCAGGUAUUUAUUGAAUUUCUGAAUAUUUUUUAGGAUUACGUUUCCAAUUCAUCUCUCAACAUUUACAUUUAAUCACCCAAGUGUCCUUACUUUGAAUUGAAUCACACAGCUCAAACAUAUGCCAUUUCUUAAUCUCUGAAACGCUUUUCUUGACCCUCCAUGAUCAAACUCUACUAUUUUCGUUGCAUUUCUCCCCACAGAAAAGUAAUUAUAAACAUUAAAUGCAUAUCUUUUAUUGAAAUUAGAAACUGCAGAUAAUAGGUGUGAAACUGAAUCAGUCAAAAAGACUUUUUUUAUAGAAAAUAAGAUGGCAUUUUGAAGAUUACCAUGAUCUGAUUUUAAUCACUGACAAAGUUUUAUUUUACAGAAAAAAAGCGGUUCAUGCAAAAUGCAUUCCAGAAUCAGAAAUUGUGUGGUACCUAUAGAACUCGUCUUCUUGUGAAAUAAAUUGAAGUAGGGUAUUAUUUUUAUAUUUCAAUUGUUUUAUACUGUCACAAAAAUUCUAGAGCCUUAACAUGAGAAUUCCUCAAGAUUCUUCAAUUAGCUCCAGAGGAGUGUACUUAAAUUCGAAUUUUUGAAGGCUAUCAAACUUUGUUUUAAAAUGGGAUUCCAAGAAUGCUUUUAAUAGAUUUAGGUUAGUUACUAGUUUUUGUUUUUCGUUUAUGUAUCAAAUUUUUAUUACAGUUUUCUCUCUCAGUUCAAGUUAAAUAAGAUAACACGAGUUCUGCACCUGUACAACUGAGAGAUGUCGAUUAGGUUCUCUUUCUAGUAACUGGAUCGAAAAACUUGACUGAAAAACUUUCUCUUUUGAUAUUGCACUCUGGAGAAGUUACUUUAUUAAUUUAUAACAACGAUUCAUCUCUCUUUACAUUUCUAAAAUCAAUCAUUUAUUAAGUAGCAGGUAGCUUAAAGGGACAGUCAGUGUCAGAAUGUACAUAAAACUAAUUAUUUCUGCUAAGUUUUCCUUGGGAGUCUCUAAUAUUUUCAGUGAUUGUCUCCUUAAAUUUUUGCAAGUUUCUUAACACCAUUUAUUUCCAUGCCUGUCAAAUUUUUUCAAGGUUUGUUCUAAUGGUCUGGUGUGUUGCCUGACAGGCAACCUCCUUGGAAGCACAGCUAGCAACUGAACAGCACUUCCAAUGAGUUUUCCAGACCGCUCAUAAUUGAUCAUGUCAAAACAACUUUAUUGUAUUAGAAAUUACCUUUAACUCAUUUUUUUCUAGGAACCUAAGAUUUGUUACAUUUUGUAGACACCGUUUAAUUUAGUGUUCGAAACCAAAUUUUUCUGCAUUAUUUACUUGUGAUAUGAGAAUCAUGUGCCUUUAAUUUUAGCAUAGGUACAAUAAAUUUCUCUUUCUCUAUUUUCAA